AUGGACGAAAUUGAGAAAAGUUUAGUAAUUUGAGUAUCCUUUAUUUAGAUUAACGAAAUGAAGCUUAACAAACUCUGUAACAAUUUUUCUGAGCUUUCAGACGGAGUUUUAUUAUACGAGCUUAUGUCAAAAGUGUAACUUUUACCUAGAUCCCCUGACUAUUUUGACUUAGACUCCAUAACAAUUGACGCGCACGACAACUGAGCCUUAAAACUGGCUAAUCUCCGAAGGCUCAAAAAAACCAUCGACAACUAUCUCGAUAAAGAACUCCGCGUUAACCACGAAAAAUACGACCAAAUCGAAUUAGCAACAAUUGCUCGGAAAUCCGGUCAAGAAGAGCUCCUAAAACUAAUGGAGCUUGUGAUGUUUGCAAUUUUAAAUUGUGAAGAAAAAGAAACUUUCAUAAACCCCAUCAUGAAGCUUGACGAAAAAUGUCAAACGAAUUUGAUGAUUUUCAUCAAAAACAUUUUGGGUGAAGAUGACAGCGGCAGUGCUGAAGAAAGCAAAAUUUCUUCUAAAGAAAUCAAUAGAUUAAGAGAAGAAAAAUCAAAACUAGUUAGAAAAAUUAGUACAAUGCAAAAAGAACUGUCGGCUUUAAAUGAACAAAAAUCUAGUAUUUUAAGUGAAAGAGAUGAGCUCAAAGUUAUCAAUGUGGGCCUUGAAAAUGAGCUUAUAAGAAAAUCAGCGUCUUGCGCAAUACCAAGCGAAUUUUUUGAUUUAAGAGUUGAAGAGAUAAGAAAUAAAGAAAGAGCUGAAAAUUUAUCAUUUAUUAUUAAAUCAGAAAUUGAUGAUGUAAAAAAAGAAUAUGAAGCUGAAAUAGCUAAUUUAAAAGAUGAAUUGGACGUCGCGAACUCUAAUUUGUGUAAGCUUGCACAGACAGAAAAAACGCUACAGGAUUAUAAAAAAAAAAUUGAAAAAAAUUCAGCGAUAGUGAAAAAAUAUUCACUCCCCCCUUUAAAUUGGAACAAAAAAUUUGUUCCAAUUUAAAGGGAGUUAAGAAAAUUUUUUUAAAAAAAAAAUAUCAAUAUAAAAUUACUUUAUAAAAACUAAAUUUUAUAAAAAUUUAAAAAAACAAAAAUUCCAAAAAUUUAUCGAAUUAGAUUAAUAAAUUUGUUUAAUCAAAUGCUAUUAACUCUAUAUCCUUUAAAAAAAAGCAAGAUAUAAAUAAAUAUAUAUUAUUAGCUAAUUCGACGCUAUUAAUUGGUAUCAAAACUAUUUACACAAAAAUUAUUAUUUUUUUAUGAUAAAAAACAAUUAAAAAAAAAAUUUAGAAAAUUUAUCGAUCAAAGUGCUAAUUUUGUUUAAAUAAGAUGCUAUUUAUACUCUAUUCUUUAAAAUAAAGCAAGAAAUAAGUAAAUUUUGAAUUUUUGUAAAGAAUUCGUAUUGAUUUUAUAUCAAAAUUAAUUAAAUAAAAAAUUAUUUUUAUCAAAAAAAAUAAAAUUGUUUUUAAAAAUUUAUAGCUAGGGAGGAUAAUAAAUUUAUUUAAAUAAGAUGCUCUUUAUACUCUAUUCUUUAAACAAGAGCAGGAUAUAACUAAAUGUUUAAUUUUAGUUAAGAAGAAACAUUUAAUUUAUAUCAAACCUUUUACAUAUAAAAUUAUGAUUUUUAUAUAUAUAUAAAUUUUUUAUUUUAAAAUUAAAUUGUGUUCAAUUUAACGGGGGAUUAAUUUACCAAAAAUGGAAAUUUUAAAUAUAUUUUGUUCCAAUUUAAAGGGGGGGAGUCAGAUUUAGUCAAACAGCAUGAAAGUUUAGAAGGAAGAUAUAAGCAGUUACUUGAAGAAAAUAAUGAACUAGGCAAGCUAAGGCAAAAUAUUGUAUAUUUAAAUGAUCAUAAAUAAAAUGGCAUUCGGUUCGAGUGAAAUUGGUAUCGCCAAUUUUCUCUCCCUCAAGCAAUUUUAUUUAUGGGGUUAGGUUUUACCUCGAGAACUUCUGCACAGCAAUAGCAGUUUAACUCUGGGGAUAGCCAGAGGAACUGCUCCUCAAUACACUCAAGAGGCUCAGGUUUUUACCUCUCAGCACAUCUCCACGGGAAGAUGACCCUUAGGCGGAACACGCACAGGAGCUGAGUAUGAGGAGGCAUCGGCAACGCGCCGGGUGAGACUUACGGCUAAGACUGGCGGCGAAGCUUUGAUAGAAGGCUUGGACUAUGGGGUUACCAUCGUGAAUCCUAGAUGGCUCGGUGACGUCACUAGUUUAGCUAUAUCCCUUUUAUAAGGGUGCGGGCACUAGACACCUUAAACACCAGAUAGUAAUAUAAUGUAAUGUAUAUUUAAAAGAUCAGUUUAGUCGCGAAAAAGAUAAAUCAGAGUCCUUACUCCCCCUCCGUGAGCGAAAAAAAAAAUUGGAAAAAAUCUCUAUAUUUUGACCAAAAACCCACCCUUCGUCAGCGAACAAAAAAUUUUUUUGAAAAAAAAUUGAUUAUAUGUGAUAAUUAGUAUAAUGAAAUCUCUAGCUAAUUCUGUUUAAUUUUAAACAGCUUGCAAUUUAAAACAUAGUUUUGCAAAUUAAAUAAAUUUCUACUUCUUAAUUUUUACAAAUUAGAAUUUUGUUUAAUUUUGAAGAAAAAAAAUUAAAUCCCUACGUAAACGAACAAAAUUUUUUUUUUCGCUCACGGAUUGGCGGAGGUAGCUUUUGCUUUAGAAAACAAAGAAAAACAGAUAAAACGAUUAAAUAAAAAAGCUGAAGAAUUAUCAGAAAAAUUGGAAUUUGCUGAAUCAAGGCUACAGGAAUGCCAAAAUUUGAAUGAAAUAAAUUCAGCAGCCAGCGAGGAUUCUUUCAUUUAUAGAGUAGAAUCAGAAGAUCUAAAACUAGAACUUUCAAGGGCAGGAUCAAGAAAAUUCACCACCCUCGGCCAAGAGCAAUUAGAUUUGUGCCAACGAGAAAAAAUUGUUUUUAAAAAUAAAUACGAAAAAGCUAAACAAAAACAAAGGCAGCUAUCAGAAUCAAUAAAAAUGCUCAAAGAAGAAUACGAUACCCAGAAAUAUAAUGACUCUAUGUACACUCAAAGGCUAUUAAAACAAAUCGACGCUGUCACAGACCAAAUGAAAGUCGUUUCAGAUUCAGUCUCAAAUUCCCAAAGCUACAGACUCAAAAAUGAGCAGCUUUUUUACGAAAUUGAAGGUAUGAAAGCCACUAAAGAUGCAUUAAUGCAGGAUGUCAAAAAACUCCAUGAAGAAAAAGAUCUAAUGUACAAAAGAUUUAUUGAAUGCAGAGAAGAAACUAUAAACUUGCAAAGCACAAUAAAUAAAAACGAAUUAAAAAUCAAAGAACUUUUGCUAACUCCCCCCCCCCUCCGUGAGUGAACAAAAAAAUUUCGUUCACUCACGGAGGGGGGUUAAUUGUUUUUUUUUUUAAGAAAAAUUUAUUUUUUUGAAAUUUAAAAAAAAUAAUAAUUCGCAAUAAUUGGAAAGGAAAAUAUUAAUUUAAUUUACAAAAUUUAUGUUUUAAAAAGCAAUUCGUUUAAAAUUAAACAGAUUUCAUUAUACUAAUUAUCAUUUAUAUAUCAAAUUUUUUUUUUCCAUAAAAAAUUUUCUAUUAAAAAAAAUUUUUGUUCACUCACAGAGGGUGGGUUUUUGGGCAAAAAAAUAGGGAUUUUUCUAAUGGUUUUGUUCACUCACGGAGGGGGGGGAGUAAGUGAGAAACUGCUAAAUGAUAAAGUCAGAGAGCAUAGUGACAAAGAAAAAUGGUACACUGAAAGUAUUGAGUCUUUAAAAAAACAAAAACAGGCAGAAAAUGAAGACUGCAGCCUAAAACUAUUUGACUUAGAAAGAGAAAUAAUUACUUUGAAAAGCGAAAAUGGAAGCUUGCUGAUUCGGCUUCAUGAUAAAGAAGACCGAAUCCAAGAAAUUUUAAAAGAUAAAACUGACACUAUUCAGAUUUUAGAAGCCCAGCAUAGUGAAGCAAUAAAUAAGCUGAAAAAUGAUAAUGAUUGGAAACAAAACCAAAUGGUGAAACAAGCUGAAGAAGCUAUGCUAGAAUUGCAAAAUGAAAGAGAGCUGCUAAUAGCUAAGCUAAAAUAUGAAAGAAAUAGCGGCAUGAAUGAGUGAAAAAGAAUGAACACCAUGAGGGAGCAGCCUUAUCCUGAGCAUGCCGAAGACGUUAUGAAUUUAAAGAAAAAGCUUGAAGAAAAAGAAAAACAAUUAGCUGAUUCCCAUAAAAUGAAUAAAGAGCUGAAAAGAUGUUGGAAGGAAGCCGCCACGCUUCUUAAAGUUGUGUAUAAAGAAAUGGGCAAAGAGGCCAGAAAACUCAAUGCAGUUAGUAAAAUUGAAUAUUAA